UAGUCUUUUAUGUCAAAGUUGAAAACCUUUCUUUAUAGAAAAAGAAAAUUUUCUGUAAUAUUUUCCCGCAAUUCCUAAGAAUAUAACGAUUUAAAAUUUCUAACAUGGAUUCUGAUAAUCGCCUCGAUAUUGGUUUGAAUGAAGUUUGGAAAGCAUGUCGCAAAAUUCAAGAUGCCUUAUUCCGAUAUGGUUUCGAUAUUGCCACCGAAUUCUGUGGCCACGAUCCUCAAGGCAAAGGUUUAAUUUCGGAGUCCCUAUUUAGUAGCAUUUUAGCUAAAUACAAAACUGUCUUUGGCCUAUCGGAUUUUGAGCUGCGAGAGGUUACCGAUUACUUUCGUUUGCGUGAUGGCCGCAUCAUAUAUAGAGAAUUUUGUAAAGUUGUUUGUGAUGAAAAGCACAACAAGGGUGAUCACAAAGAUAUUGCCACCGGCUUGGAAUGGAAUGAUCCCAUGCAUGUCAACAUAAUAGCUCGCCCUGAAGAACGGCGACAAUUGUGUUUAGUUUUGAUCAAAAUUGCUCAAUAUUCCCAUUUGCCAUUAUUGCCAUAUUUUCAAGAUUAUGAAUUGGUUUCCCAAAAUGUGGGUACCGUGACCAUUACUCACUUCUCAAGACUUUUACAUUUUAUGAAAAUUCCCUUAUCGGAUAGUGAUUUUUUGCUGCUACUAAAACGCUACAUGAAGGAUUCCUAUAUGGUGAAUUAUGUGGCUUUUGUCAAUCACUUGGAAAGCAUAAAGGAUUAUUUAAAAACCAAUAAUUUAACCGAUAAUGCCAUGAAAAUCAUACAAAAUUUCCCAGGCAAACUGGUGGACCUAGAUUUGCCCGAACUUCCACCUGUCGAUGGGACUAGUGUGGCUCAACGCAUAUUCAAAGAUUUUUGCAAUCAUCCGCAGGAGAACAAAACUAUUUGCGACAUUGUAUUUUGCAUACAAAAAGUGGUUCACAAGAAUCGCAUAAGGGUUCGUGAAUUCUUGGAGGGAUUUGAUUUAAUGCAUACGGGUACGGUGACGAAAAAUCAAUUCGAAAGAUCUCUCAACAACAUGGGAGUUGGGAAAUAUUUGACCCAGCGUGAAUUCGAAUUGCUGAGUGCACGUUAUAUAGAUCCCAUUGACACGAAUCGCAUAAGGUGGCGAAUGUUUGAGGAUGAGAUUGAUAGGGUAUUUACAAUCAAACAUUUGGAGAAAACGCCAUUACUAGAGGUGCAAUCGCCACCCAAAUACAUUGAAGAAAUGCCUCGUUCCGGUUCGCUUAAUUGGCAGGAGGCCAAACCGGAAAUACGUGAUCUAUGUGAAGAAUCUUUGCAUAGGAUACAAAUACGUAUAAAGAACAGAAGACUGCAUAUGCAUCCCUUCUUCAAAAGUUAUGAUAAACUCAACAGUGGUCAUGUCCCCUGCAAAAUUGCCAAUCAAAUAUUGGUUAAUAAUGGCAUUUUGUUAUCGAAUGACGAGUUGAACAGCCUUAUCGAUCGCUAUGGCAAUGAGUUGGGAUUUAAUUAUACUCGCUUUUUGGAGCAUGCUGAUCCAGCGGAAUAUGCUAUACCUAAGUUGACAACUAGCUCAACUAUACAGGGCAAUUGCUUGGCUCCUCUCACUAGAGAUGGAGAUGCCAACGGUGAAGAUGAGAUUGGGAACAUAACAAAUGAACAAUACAUCAUCAAACUACUGGCAAAGAUAAAAAGGCAAGCCAUUACAAAAAGCAUAUCGGUCAUGGAUUUUCUACAAGACUACGAUCGUCAUCGUGAGGGUGAGAUUUCUGAAGAAGAUUUUCGACGAGGCCUGGAUAAUGCCAAUGUCAAAUUAUUACCUCAAGAAGUCAAAAUGCUAUGUAAAAUAUUCCGCUCACCCAAGCGUGGCUGUUGUGUCUUAUAUCGCGAUUUUUGCCGAGCCCUUGAUGAAGUAUUUGUGAAAAUCGAAACUGCGUCUGGCGAUGGAGAGAUCACUGCCGUACCUCUGCUGCAUCUGGCCAAUUUAGAUUGUUUUGAGUGUUUCCUUAACUUUGAAGAACGCACCCUAUGCUCUCAGGCUCUGAUGAAAUUGGCUCGUCAGCCUGAUGAAGUAUCGAAUUUAAGCUCGGUUUUCAAAGAUUUCGAUCGUGAGAAUUGUGGCACCAUACAAAAGAACCAACUGAUGCGUGCCCUUACUGUGCGUGACAUGCACCAUAUGCUGAGCAGUCGUGAAUUUGAUGUUAUUUUUAAGUGCUUCGGCAUGCAACGCGGCACAGGUUUGGAAUUUAAUUAUAGAGAAUUUUUGAAUAUUUUAAAAAUUCUCCAUCAAACUGGACAAGUCGAAAGGAAAUAUUAAAUGCUCGUAUGUUGUAUGAAAUGAACUAAAUUCCAUGUGGCUUGUUAUAACUGAUGAAUUAUGAUGUGCCUCGGUAUAAUAAUUGGGAUAAAUAUACCUAAAUUCCACGGGUACCCACUACCCUGUAUACUGCUUAAAA